AUGCGUGAGAAAUCCUCCGAGAACUGUGGAAGAAAAACCAGGAAGGCCGUGGCCGCCAAGCUGGCCCGCUACGACCUCGUCAUCGGCGUGGUCCGGGCCGAGGCCUUCCUGUCCUUCUCCUCGGCGGACGAGCAGUUCGGGCUGGAGUCGGACCGCCGCGCCAAGAUCCUCAAGAACUUCGUGAGGAACACGCUCAGCUUUCACCGCUCAGAAAUCCUCGCCACGGUGCUGAACGAGUACACGGACUGGGAGCGGCCCGUGCAGCACCCCGUCAACCUCCGCGACGAGACCCUGGAGGCGCUGUCCGACGCGCGGGUCGUGGCCCCCGCCGUGCUCACCGCCGACCUGCACGCCGCCGUCACGCCCAACCGCACCUACAUCUACGUCUUCGACUACCAGACCAAGUUCGGCGACUACCAGCAGCGGCAGGGCUGCAUCCAUGGCGAGGAGCUGCCCUACGUCCUGGGCGCGCCCCUGGCUGGCACCGAGGGGUUGUCCUUCUUCACCAACAACUACACCAAGCAGGAGGGCCUGCUCUCAGAGGCAGUCAUGACCUACUGGACCAACUUUGCGCGUACCGGGACGCCCAGCGACCCAGUGGAGGAGAGCGGCCGCGGCCGCGCCGAGCGGAGCCGGUACCGGAACCUGGAAUGGCCCGCCUACGAGCCCGUGCACAAGAAGUACCUCCAUUUGGACUUGAAGCCGCGCGUCAAGACGCACUACCGGGCGCACCGCCUGUCGUUCUGGCUGCACCUGGUGCCCGAGCUGCACCGGCCCGGCGGCGAGGGCGUGCCCGCGCAGCACCACCAGCUGGCCGACGAGGACGCCGACCGGCACGUCGCCGCCAACGCCACCAGGACGUCCACCACCAACGCCAGGACGCCGUCGGCCAACCCCAGCAGCGGCGCCACGUCCGUCACCUCCGCCCCCGCCGUGACGGUGCACCCGGGGGCGGGCGGCGCGGCGACGCACGGGGCGGACGGACUGCCCCCGGAGCCCGACGGCUUCGCGGCCUACUCCACGGCGCUGUCCGCCACCGUGGCCAUCGGCUGCACCCUGCUGCUGCUCAACAUGCUCGUCUUCGCCUGCGUCUUCCGGCAGCGCGACAAGCACCGGGACCGGGGAGACCGCGGCUCCAGCAGCGACGCUGGGAGCUCCGGCACGCUCAAGAAGCGGGCGGAGAACGGGCAGAUCCACGCCAGCGUCUGCGGCUCCGAGCACCUGCAGAUCAUCCCCGGCGGGCUGCAGACGGUGACGAGCGUGGCGCACCACAACCCCUACCACCACCACAACCACACGCUGCAGCUCGGCGCGCACCUGCCGCCGCCCGACGUCGCCGACCUGCCCAGGCAGCAGCAACACGUGCAGCACGCCGAGGCGGCGGUGGCGGGCGUGGUGUCGGCGGGGGCGACCCUGCCGCGGUCCCAGAAUGCCCCCAAAGCGCCCAAGGUGCCCGUCAAGUCGUCCACGCUGUCCGCCGAGUCGGAACGCUACCAGCAGCAGCAGCAACAGCAGCAGCAUCACCACCACCUGCACCACCUGCAAACGCUGGACAGUGCUGGCCUCGGCCAGACCAUGGGGCAGUCCAUGGGCAUGGGCACCAUGGGCAUGGGCACGCUCAAGAAGCGGAACCCCGAGUCCUCACACGCGUCGUCCUUGGCCAGGAUGGACGAGUUCCGGGUCUGACGAUCGGCGUCCUCGGCGGACUACGACCAGGGCGGCGCCGGGCACGGGCCAUCGCCGGCGUCCUCGUCCGCCGGGUACCAGGACCACAGCCAGAACACGCACUUCUAGGACACGCGUGCCACGGCCGGCACGGCGCAAGAGCUUGACCAAACCCGGGUUCGAAUCCCAGUGAGGGUUGGUCUCUCGAAACGCGAGAUACAUUGGGUAUACCUGCCUGGUCACGGGGUCACCAAAAAACCUUUGUGCUCUACAAUGACCAAAAAGUCUGUUAAAAAAGAAAACUAUUAGGAGAAACAACAGUGGUGUGAAUUCCGAAGCAAUCAAGAGGCGGGGCCUCAGAAACUAUGGAAGUAAGAAGACGCACUACGUCGGUGCCUCCUUGUUCAGCCACUUCUGUCUGUGAUAUUACUCUGCUUCUUAUUAGGAUGCAGAGAAAGAGACAAUUCUAAGAUAAUUUAUUGGUACACAAAAUUAAGGUGCAAUACUAACUAGGAACUCUUCUCUCGUUGGUGUGAUAAACUUGAAAAGUCGUACAUUUUACCUUAGUCAAUUUUUAUUUGGUUCCAGUUGGUGAGACUUAUCCAUUGUUUCUUCCAACCUCUACAUUUCCUUUUCUUUUUGAAAUGAUGUGGUCCUUCUGGCAAACCAUCAGAAUACAUAACUGUACGUGAUUUUUGUACUGCCAAAUAUUUUGUAAAACCAAAUAAUCCCAAUAUCAUUUACGGUUUUAUGAGAGUUAUUGUGCAUGAACACCCUGAAUUUCUGUUUCCUCAAGCUGCCAAGCAGUCAUCAACAGACUUUUUUUCGUUUUUGUUUAAUGUGUUACUCAACUACAUUCAACUAAAUGUUUCUCAUCCAAGUUGUUUUAUAAUGAAAUAAAAAUUGUUUUUGGUGUAUCAAAUAGGGUGCGAGACGAAAAGUAUGAACUGUAUUUUUCUUUUGAACUGAAAAUGUGAAUAUAUGUGACAAAAUUUUAAUGA